AUGUUUUCUAGAAUCAGCACAAGAACAUUCUCAACAUCGGCUGCAAGGGCCAUAAAGGUGUCAACAAAGGCGGCAGUGGACUCACCAGUGUCAUCUUUGAAGGUUGUGGUGAAGCAGGCGGGCUCGAAAAGCACCCCUGCCGGGUUAUCGCACCUUUUGGCAUCCUCAGCAUUUCUCAACACGAAAUCCAAGUCAGGAUUGAGGCUCAAGAGGGAGGCAGAGCUCCUCGGGGGAUCGUACAAGGCGUCAGUCACAAGGGAUGCUCUUGUUCUCGAGGCCACGUUCCUCAAGGAGGCGCUCCCCUUCUUUGUGAGUGCCCUUUCUGGUGUUUUAACAGAAACAUCUUUCAAACCACACGAACUUGACGAGUUGGUGCUCCCAUACGCCACCCACGUUGCCCGGCAGGCCGCAGAGUGCCCGGCAACAAAAGCCCUCGAGGAGUUGCAUGCUGUGUCCUUCAGAAGGGGACUUGGACAGCCUCUUUACUACGAUGGCACAAAGAAAUAUUCAUCUUUCGAUCUGGCCACGUUUGCAAAAGCCCUUUUCACGAGCGACAACAUCGAGGUGGUGGGCCAGAACGUGGACAAGGCUGCAUUGGACAAGUUUGUGGCCGAAUCCGCACUCUCGAAGUUGCCCGAGUCGAAAAAUAAGACUGUUGCAAAGACUGCACAGAAGAUUUACACUGGUGUUGAGUCCAGAAUCAGGCAGCCGGGCAAGACUGUUGCCAUUCUUGGCGUGCCCGUGUCCCCAGAAGACAUCCCAUCGUACGAGUUGGUUGCCGCAGCCGUCUACAGUGCAAUUCCAGCCAGUUACAACCUCUCAGUCAAGACAAAUGUCCUCCCAUACGAGGAAGCAGGCCUCUACUACAUCUCUUUUGCAUCCGAGGAUGCAUCCGAGGUCUCAGAUGGCCUCAAGAAGGCGGCAGCGGCUUUGAAAAAGGCCUCCGGUGCCAAAUUGUCGCAGUACAAGCCUUUGGCCGGCUAUUUGGCGGCAAUUUCCGGCCGGGAGGCCGAUUUCAGCUCCGCCAAGACUGUCAAAGUCCCUAAAUUCAACCUUGUUGUUGUUGGUGACGUCGACACGGUUCCCCUUGCCGGAGAAUUGUGA